AUGUCUGACAACGUGAGCAGCACAGAUGGCCUACCAGACUUAGAGAACAGAAGCCUGUCCCAUCCCUCUGAGGAGUGUUCUGGAGCGGAGGCAGGGAGGGAGGCCUGCUCAGACGCUGAAAUGAGCUUGACCAGAAAUGGUGACGGUACUGGCGAUGGGGGUACUCCCAGCCACGCCAGUUAAGAAAGUCAAAGCACAGCCAUGGAAAGUUCAAGAGACGACAUCGACUUCGAAAGCACAUAAGACGCCGAACAUUUCUUAACCAGUGAUAGAAACCAGUCCCAUUACCGCUUCGAAGAAGAGCUAGGAGAGGAAGAAGAGCAGCCUCAGGUACAGUGCGAUGAGGCUAACCCUGAUCAGUAUUUAUCAGCCGAGGAUCGGGCCCUGGAGGAUUGGGUGUCUUCAGAGACAUCUGUCCUCCCCCACCCUCGCUGGCAAGUCCUUAAUGCUCUUCGAAAAUGGCAGCCGGGUUCAAGUGCCCUAGUUGUAUAUCAGGCCUGUGGGGCAAGAGUCUUUGUGCAGCGUUUCCACUUGCAGUAUGAGCUUGAAGGCCAUAAUGGUUGUGUCAAUACCGUGCACUUUAACCAGCGUGGCACCUGGCUGGCCACUAGCAGUGAUGACCUUAGAGUGAUAUUGUGGGACUGGGUGCGUCAGCAGCCAGUACUGGACUUUGAGAGUGGCCACAGAAAUAAUGUUUUUCAGGCCAAGUUCCUUCCCAGCUGUGGUGAUUCCACCCUGGCCAUGUGUGCCUGUGAUGAGCAGAUACGCAUAGCAGAGCUAUCUGCUACACGACACUGCAAGAAUACUAAGCGUGUGGCCCAGCACAGGGGAGACUCCCACAAGUUGGCUCUGGAGCAUGACUCCUCUUUUAAGUUCCUAACUUCAGGUGAAGAUGCAGUUGUCUUCUCCAUUGACCUCAAACAAGGCCUGCCAGCUUCAAAAGUGGUGGUAACAAAAGAGAAGGAGAAGAAAAUGGGGCUGCAUACAAUCUAUGUGAAUCCUGCCAAUACUUACCAGUUUGCAGUGGGUGGACAAGAUCAGUUUGUAAGAAUUUAUGACCAGAGGAAAAUUGAUGAGAAUGAGAAUAAUGGAGUACUCAAGAAAUUCUGUCCUCAUCACCUGGUCAACUGUGAUUCUAAAGCAAAUAUCACCUGCUUUGUGUACAGUCACGAUGGCACAGAGCUCCUGGCCAGUUACAAUGAUGAAGAUAUUUACCUCUUCAACUCUUCUCACUGUGAUGGAGCCCAGUAUAUUAAAAGAUACAAGGGGCACAGAAAUAAUGCCACAGUCAAAGGUGUCAAUUUCUAUGGCCCCAGAAGUGAGUUUGUCGUGAGCAGCAGUGAUUGUGGGCACAUCUUCCUCUGGGAGAAAUCAUCCUGCCAGAUUGUUCAGUUCAUGGAGGGGGAUAAAGGAGGGACCAUUAACUGUCUUGAACCCCAUCCUUACCUACCUGUGAUGGCGACCAGUGGCCUAGACCACGAUGCUAAGAUCUGGGCACCCACAGCUAAAGUUACCACUGGCUUUAUCGGCUUAAAGAAUGUGAUUAAGAGGAACAAGCAGGAACGAGAUGAAGGCAGCCUGCACCACACUGACCUGUUUGACAACCACCUGCUUUGGUUAAUGCGUCACCUGACACAGAGAGGUCAUCAGUUGCACUGGGGAGCUCCUGGAGUUGGGGUUAUGGAUGCAGAGUCGGAUGAGUCUUCCAGUCCCUCAGAUAUGUCGGAGGAGGAAAACCAAGACCCUGUGCGGUGCCUGCCGUCCUGA